AGGGACACAGGGGGGAUGCUGCGUUGGCAUCCAGUGCUGGGGGUGGAACAGCUGGGGGGCGCACGGAGCCUCCCGGGAGGGUUUGUAGCUGAUGGAGGCUGUGGCUGAGGGUGUCCGACCCAUGGUGCUGCCCCUGGUAGGGGCCACGAGAGGGCAGCGGAGCCACACGCACGGCACUGCCGGAUCCGCAUCCACCCCCGGUGCUCAGGAUGGGGCUUGGGGAGGGCUCUGCCUGCUCACCUCCACGUCGGGCAGCCCCUGAGGGGGAUCUUCCAUCCUGGACCGAAUCACCUGAGAUCACUCCCCGUCCCUCCAGUGUUGAUCCCAUUUUCUGGCGUUGGGUUUGGGGAAUGAGCAUUGAGGAAUGCUUUAAAAUCCUGGAAUCCUGAAAAUAAGAAGUGAAGGAGGUGCGUAGGAGGCAGUUGUACCUUAUUCCAUGUCCCCAAAGUGGUGUAAUGCUCUGUCACUACAGGGAGUGACAGCUGAUGGCUUCUCCCCAUCUCAUGGAUGCCUGCUGCUGUCCUAUGGGAAGGGGAAAGGAAUUGAAGGAGGGAAACUGAGGUUGGAAGGAGCUGCUGGGUGUGAGUGUGCUGGGUGCACGCAGGGUGAGCAGCCCAUGGGUCCGUGCAUGGGAGGUGGUCUUCCCUGCCAAGACAUUGAGCAAUGAAACUGAGGAGAGAGGAGGAAGGAAGGUGCAGAAAAUGGGGUCAAAGAACUGGUUUGUUCAGGGAAGGUGCAGCAGCUGGGGCGUGGGGCAUGGCCAUAUAGGCAGCAGCCUGCCUAGGCAGCUUGCAGCCCGCAGCAGUGCACAGAGCCAGUGGAAAGGGGAACAGGAAAAGCAUGGUGGGUUGAGCAAUGUGUCAAUCACAGCCCCUGGCCGGGGACCGCAAACCCCAGCAGCGUUCCCAUGCCUGCAGCCCAGCUUCCCUCCCCCAAGUUGGGAUGGAGGCACGUGGUCCUGUGGGGAAGGGGAAGCCACCUGGGGUCCAGCUGAAUGUAUUGAGUCCUACCAUUGGCAUGCUGGCUUUCCCAGCUUGGUGGGUUUCCUCGCUCAUCCAGGUGCUGGGAAACUGCAAUGCAUCAUAGCUCAUCCCAGUUGGAAAUCAUCCCACAAGAUCUUGCUUGUCCUUGUGUCCCAGCUCUGUUGUCCCAUUGCAACUUGCUUGCCAGAGUGCUGUGGUUUGCUGGGUGUAGGAAUGCACCAAGCAGCAGGUUGGAGAGGAUCAGGAUCGUAUCACAGUACCCUUAAGGUUGAUAAAGACCCCUCUAAUCUCCAAGCCCAUCCCAUCAUGCCUGCUGACCCUGUCCCUGUGUACCAGGUCUUGAACUCUUCCAGAUAUGGUGACUCCACCACCUCCAUUAGAAAUGCAUCAUAUGGUCUCCAUCCCACUGGGGGCUGUGGGAUCAGUGUGGGAUGGGGCCAGGGAAAGGCAAUGGGAUGGAGGGGAGAUGCUUGGGGAAACCCCGUGUGCUUCUCCUAGCAACGUGGGUCUUUCCAAUGUGGGAAUGUCCCUGUGAUGGCCAUGCCCAUCCAGCUCUCAUCCUUCCCUUUGACAUUCACUUGGAAUAAUUGGCUUUUUCCAGCCUUUUCAUGAAAGGAAGCAAGAGCAGCUUUGGGCAGCGGUGUUAUAGGGAGAUGAAUGGAGAUGGGGCAACCCCUGGUGUGCCGUGCUGGGCUGUGUCAGCUCUGUCUGGUGAGAUUUCCACCCGAUUUGCUAAGAAGAAAAAAAAUGAGAUGAAAAGGGUCUAAUUUUAGCUCGGAACAGGGAGGAUCGAGGAAGCGAUGCUCUAAAGAAAGUGUAAUCUGACCUACGCCAACAUGUGGCAGGAUGAUUCCUUGUGUAUUAAAGGAACCAGGAGGAAAUAACUCAUUGAUGAGUGACUUCAUGGCUGACAUGACUUAUCUCUGUAUCUCGGCCUCUGAUUCUUCCAGUCAAAACCUCAGGAUGCAGCACUUUAAGGAGAGCAUCAAGUUCAUCCACGAGUGCCGGCUCCGUGGGGGAGGCUGCCUUGUCCAUUGCCUGGCCGGGGUGUCCCGCAGCACCACCAUCGUGGUGGCAUACCUGAUGACAGUGACAGAGCUGGGCUGGGAGCGCUGCCUGGCUGCCACCAAGGCUGUGCGCUCCUAUGCCAGCCCCAACUUCGGCUUCCAGCAGCAGCUGCAGGAAUACGAGCAGACCUUGCUGAAGGAGUACCGUGCCUGGAUCCGUCACGAUUAUGGCAGGAACCCCUUCCAGGAUCAGGAGGAGCUGCAGCGUUUGUUGGCCCAGCAGGAGCAAAGUGGAAGCAGGGAAGGCUCCUGCACCUCUCCCCCGGCACCCAACCACCCACUGCCCAGCAGCAGGAGCCCGUGGAUGGACAGAUAGGCAGCAGCUGCUCCCAGAGGGACACUAUCUUUGUGCCUUGCAAAACGUGACAGCCGCCGUGCCCAGCGCCCAUGGGAUGCAGCUGCAGUGGGAUGCAGUGGGGUAAAGGCUGGGGCAGGACCCCACAGCUGCAGUUAUGCAGGGGCUGCUCUGCUGCUGCUUCUCAUGCACCAGCCCCGCCGUAUGGGAAAAAUCAAUUGUUACUGAGAAACAGAGAGGCAGAGCCUCACUCUGCAUUAAAGCCCUUCUCAGGGUCACCACGAGAGGAUCCAAUCCUUUAUUCAAGUAUUUCUAGGAAGUCCCUUAGUGGAAAUUUCUGGGUAUUGGAGCCUGUGAGUGGGACAAAACUGGUGCUGAGCUGCCAAGGAACAGGGGAUUGAUCAAAACCAUGGGGAUGGCUGCAGGGAUGGAGGGAUGGGCUGCGUUAUUCCAUAUAGAAGUGCCGCAGUAUCUGGGAAAGCACCCUGGGCAAUCAGUGGGGAAAAGGCCAAUAAGUGCUGAUGAUCAAGGGAGCUGGAGGGAAGUUGAGCAAACCUUGUAGACAUUGCAUCGAAUGCCUCGCUUAUCAUUUUAGGAAGCAGAAAAAUGGAACUCGUGCACAGGAAAAAGAGAAGAAAGUUGGUUUCUGGUGUCAAUAGGAAGUCAUCGCAGAUCUGUGAUAAGCAGAGAUUAGAUGUGCAGUAGGUGUGAUAACCUCAUGCUGCCACUUCAGCACCCAUCCCACGGUCUGCCCUGCCUUGUGGGCAUCCCAAGACUGCAGUGUUUCCCCUAACUCACCCCGGCUUGUGGGAACCACAGGGGAUGCCCCGAGCGAUUACAGCAUCACGGCAGCAUCUGCUGCCCAAAGAGCACCUCCUACCCCCACAUAGGUGCCAGGCAGCUGUAUUCCCACACGACUGCACGUUCUGUCCUCUCCAGCCCUGCUCCGUGUUUUGCCAACUCCCACAUCACCCAUGCAGGGGGUCAGCAGUGCAAUCCCCCCCUCCCUCCUGCUACAAGUGACCCUCAUCACAUCAGGCUGUGUUUGGCUCUCCGCACAUCUCACACAGGCUCUCCCAGCA